AUGAGUGGCUUGCUAAGAUUUCUAUUGUUCUAUGCCCUGACCACAAUGCUAGCCAGUGGCCAGGAUACAACUAUUAGUGAGGAAAUUGCAACCGAAGCGGCACGGGGAUUGGCCAGCAGCUACGAGCCUGAGGAUAAGCAGGCAUUGAAAAAAAACACACAAAUCUUCAUGGGCAUUUACAAGAACUACAAGAGUACAUAUUUGGGCAAUAAGACGACCAGUGAGUACAAGAAGCGUCUACGGGAUCGCGUUAGUGCUGUCCAAAUGUCCAACAAUGAGGCCAGUGCAACGGCAACUGAAAUAGCAGAACCAGAGCAAGUGGAGGCCAUUGCCGAUGGACAUGUCGAUGCUUUGGCUCAGGAAAUGCGUAACGAUGCCAAUGCCGAAGUCUUGUUGGAGGCACAAACAGAGACAACCAUUUAUGAUGACACUGAGGGGACUUCGGGCAAAAAGAGACGCAAGCGUAAGCGCAAAUAUCGCAACAACAACAAGAAACGCGAUGAAGAUUCCGAAGUCAAUACAGAGCCAACUUUGGAGGAGGAGAAUGAGAACAUGCAGCGGUAUCAAGUGGGACCCGGCCUAAAUGUCAGUCUGGACAUGAGCAAUGACAUUGUCCAUGUGAAACUGGAUGGCGAGAAUCUUAAAGAUAUUGUCGCCGCCCGUUGGCUUAGCUUAGACAACAGCGAGGAAGGCCGUGGCAAGAAGUACGAUAUGAUAACCAAAGUUUUACCCCUAUUCAUCCUGCCCUUUCUUAUCCAAUCGGCAAUUGUGCCAUUUCUGGUGACGAAACUCAAAUUGCUGCUAGUUAAAUCCAUACUAGUGGGUAAACUGGCCAUUUUCCUGCUCAUCAUUUCGGCCAUUAAGAACAGCAAUAAAAUGGUCCAGAGCUAUGAGGUGCCCUCCUAUUGGGCUGGCGAACCGAGUCGGCGUUCUGAGCUGGCGGCAGCCGCGUCUUCGGCGGCAGCGGCUGCCUACAAUGGCUAUCGGGUGGAAGGCAAACCGACAACAUGGAUAAGCUAA